AAUUGUCUGCUAGAACGUGGAAUUACAAACGAACAAAACACAUUUCAAAUACUCAGUUAAGAAAAAAAAUUUCCUUAAAGACAAGUUACGACAUACUCGUUAUGGUGUUCUGCACAGUUUUAAGGUUUUGCAGUAAGAAAGCACGAGGAAAGGGCAGUGGAAAAUUCAUUGACUCGCUGCGCUUGGUGGUCCGUGGUGGACCUGGUGGUAUGGGUCAUCCGAAAUAUGGUGGUGUUGGUGGUAGAGGAGGAAAUGUCAUUUUAGUUGCUGACGAAGAAAUGACCCUUAAUAAAGUACUUCACAAAGUGCCUGCAAGACUAGUAAAGGCUGCAGAAGGAGAAAAUAGCCAUGCCCACAGGUUGUGUGGAGACCAUGGAGCCGAUUUUAUAUUACCAGUUCCUACAGGAAUAUCUGUAUUUUCUACAACUGGUGUUAAACUUGGAGACUUAAAUAAGGCUAAUGAGCAAGUAAUAGUUGCUAAAGGAGGACUUGGAGGGCAACCAGCUUCCCAAUUCAAUGGGUUGAAAGGAGAGGAACUAAAAGUUGUCCUUGACUUGAAAUUGAUUGCUGAUAUUGGUCUAGUAGGUUUCCCAAAUGCAGGCAAAUCAUCCUUAUUAAAAUCCAUAUCCAGAGCGAAACCUCGUGUUGCAGCCUACCCUUUUACCACACUGAAACCUCAACUGGGUGUUAUCACGUACGACGACUUCAGACAAAUAACAAUGGCCGACUUACCUGGGCUUAUCGAGGGUGCCCACCAGAAUCGGGGUCUAGGUUAUCGCUUUCUUAAACACAUCGAGCGAACAAAGCUUCUAGUCUUCAUGGUAGACAUAAAUGGCUUCCAACUAAGUUAUGAAUAUCCUCACCGGCAGCCGUUUGAGACUGUGGCUCUGCUGAACAAAGAGUUAGAACUUUAUGGUAAAGAUAUUCUUUCUAAGCCGACAUUGCUUGUUGUCAACAAAAUGGAUACAGAAGGAGCGGAGGAAAAGUGGAAGAAAUUGAAAGAUUUACUUAGUAACUACAAAGAGAACAUUCGUCUACUACCAAAAGUAAUGCAACCCCAACAACCGAUAGCGUUCGACGAGAUUUGGAGUAUAUCUGUUCAGCAAGAUCCCGAAGCGGUCCGUACGCUAGCUCUCAAGCUUCGACAUCAUUUAGACAUUCAUGCGGAUUACGAAAGAAGUCAAUUGCCAAUCCAACAGAUAGCAGACGGUAUUAAAGACAUGAAACAAAGACACCAAAUUCAAAAUGAAUUAACAGAACACAGUUCCUCAAAUUUAAUGUGAUUGUAAGUAUUUCGAUUAGAGAUGUUUUAAACAUAAUGAAGGCAAUUAAACGUUAACCAUGUUAAAUGUUAAUGAUCCUGUGGAAGAUAAAAUAUAGCUUUUACCCU